UGUAUGUAUUCUUCCCCAUUGGUCAGUAAUCAUUACACCCCUGCCAACCGUUGAUUUAAAAAGAGGAAAACAGAGGAGGUUUCAGGUUAAACUGGUUUGCUUCCCUUCGUCAGGAUUCCCAAAAAUAUGGAGAGUGCACUCAUUCUAACGGCGAAGCUGGCGUUUUUGCUGGCCCUGAUCUAUGGCUGUUAUGGUGAACAUCAAGAUCUCUCAGGUAAAGUGUUCGUAAUCCCAAUGGCGACAAGCACCUCACAUGUAAAGCUCCAUGCCAACGUCUCAAAGCCCAUUUCUGCUAUGACCAUGUGUCAGAGGUUCAACUCUGAGCUAGAACGAGGCCAGUCCCUUUUUUCUCUGGCAACCCAGUCUCAAAGCAAUGAUUUGUUGUUGUACAAACGCUCCAUGGGUGUGUACCGAGUGCAUAUCAAGGGAGAUUCACUGGAUUUCUUCAGUUUGCCAGAUUUAAAAAAUGAAUGGAUCUCCAUCUGUUGGACCUGGGACUCUAAAACUGGACUGACCCAGCUGUGGGUUAAUGGGAAGCGAAGUGCACGGAGGAUUCUUAAACCUGAUACAUCUGUAACUGGCACACCAAGUAUAAUGUUAGUUCAAGAGCAAGAUAGUUAUGGCGGAGGUUUUGAUGCCUCACAAUCCUUUGUGGGGGAUGUUACCGACGUCCACUUCUGGGACAGUGUCAUCUCUCCCUGUGAAAUACAAUUGUAUAUGGAGUUGAAUAGAUUUACUCCAGGAAAUAUUCUCAACUGGAAAGAAUUGCAGUUCACUAUUGAGGGAAAAGUGUUCAUAGAGAAAAGUGAAUUUAGAAGUGAAUGUUAUAACUUUUAGCAAAAGAAAUUGCUCAGAUGUGAUCAGCAUUCUUACAUAUUUUCUUGGUUCCUGAAAAUUUACUGAACACACAUUUACAAGUAGAAAAUGUAACAUAAGAUGCAUGUUUGUUGUUCUGCUGUGUCAUACUGUUGUUUAUGUCGUGAAUCAAAUCAAUAAAUCCUUGAUUUUAGA